AUGCAUCCUGAUGCUACCCACUACAGUUUGGUGUCGGAAACAACUAUACCGCUGAAGCCGUUUAAGCACAUUUGGGGGCAGUUGGCUGCUGACCCGCGGAGCAAAGUAGACUUGUUCUGUUUGGAACACCGAGAAGGCUAUCCGAAGCAUUCGCAGUGGCUGACAUUGACAAGAGAGCAUGCAAAGGCGCUGGUGGCUCCGCAUCGGUUGUGGGAGGUGGGGGCGAACAGGUUAAUUCGAGGGACAUGCCCGACUUUGUGUGGCGCGAACGACGAAUACUGGCCCGUUCGAAUCAUCUCUGAGAACUUGCGGAUUAGCGGCUACGACGAGUGGGAGCGACAGUUCGAGGCCCGGUCUAUGGCGCACCCGCUGGGUACGCUCAAUUGGCACACCUUCAUUGACUGGAAUUUGUACAACCCGCGGUCUGUGCAGAGUGCGCUGGGCGAGGCGUCUGGGCGUAGCUGGUCUCACCCCACGACCUUUACAUCCGUUUCCGGCCGGUUCUUGCGGACUCUGGUGGCGGCAGACAACGUCUGGUUCGCACGGAAGAUGACGAACGACUUGUUGCCGGUGAAGUCGUGUAACGAGAGCCCGUUGAUGUUCCUGGGAGAUGCGUUGCGUGCGGAGUUGAGGAGUCCUAAGCGACCUCAGCAGGCGCCUUCGAAAAUGCCGUUCGACUUUGGGCCACACAUGGAUUGCGCACUCGUCGACUUCUUGUCACUACUGCUCCAAGCGGGCCCCUGGGCACCGGUGACUGGCCAUGACAUCCCCGAGUACCUAAAGGGGUAUAUCACCACGCAGGAGGACCGGCUGGACCUGGGUCGGGGCGGGCUCUUUAUGGUCCGCGAUGCCCAGGGACAGCAGAUCGACCACGGGCUCGACGCCCUCUUGGCGGGCACGCUGCGUGGCAGCAACUGGACUGGCGGCCCGGGACUGGAAAAAGGUAUCACGGUCGAGCUGCGCCCCCUCUUCGCUUAUGAGCUCGAUACACUUGCCGAGGCCGUGCAACGGCGCAUGGUCUUUAACGAAGAGGUCCCGGAUCGCUCGGUGCAGGAGCAGGGGGCGGCCGUGGAGGAGUUUGAGGCGCUCACCACCCGAGACGAACAACACUGGGACGUGGACCUGCGCUCGGACCUUUAG